CAUAGGUUAAACUGAGGAUCCCCAAUCUGUGGCCUAUAGGUUGGAUCCAACCACCGCAAGGCUUUGGCCCACCUUGCAACAAUAACUGAAUACCAGCCAAGUAGCAAGAAACAAAGCGUCAAAACAAAAGCACAGACAGACAGGUGGUAGGGAUUGGGAUGGAGGUGUCACACAUUCAUAUUAAAUUUGAAUCCUUCAAUACGGUUUAUUAAAACAAGAGCUUAAUGGCAAGAUUUACGCUACCUUAAGCUAUUUUGGGGAGCAAAAGUCUUCAUAUUCUGCAAAAUUGAGUCCCAAAGCUUGAUUUUAUUGUGGUAAGCCAUGCUGUCUAAUCUUCAGGGUUUCAAUUCUAGAGUUGUCAGUUAAAUAACAAAACACCUGUGUGGCAAAUACUACAUUUUUACAUGAUCAGUUAGUUGAUUCAAUGUACACUAACUUUUGUUAUAAAAUGGAUUUCCAUCAAAAGACUUUUCAGCUUCACUUUGUAUUGUAUCUUCAGAGUCUAAAUACUUUAUUAGGCUUAUUUUUGUCUUUACAUAAACUUUAAUAAAAGCGCCCAUCCUGUCAUCUGUAGAGUUGUGCAUUAUGGGUAUUAGAUUUAGCCUUGCACGCUUUUUAGUUUCUUUGUUGCUUUUCUUGCUCUGCAGGAGUAGCAAGCAUGUUGUAUAAUGUAGGUGAGGUUUUGAAUUACCUACACUAAAUGGAUUUUUCUCCAUUGCUAGAAAUUUAUUCUCUGUGGUCAGGAAGAAGUAAGUUUUAAGAACUCUGUGUGGCAAAGUUCAAAGUUCUGCUUUCAAAGUUUUGAAAGCAGAACAAUCUGCAUGCCAGUUUAUGAACCCGUUGGAUAUAAAUGUCACCUUUUGUAUACUUGUUUUGGAAGUUUUUGUGUAAAUGCAUCUGUAUGUGUAGUUCCUUUAACCUCUUAUUUGUUUCUUCAGGCACUGUUGAAGUUAAAGCACCUCCGAAGAUAGUUGAUACAGGGGGAGGAUUCUUUCUGGAGGAGGAAGAGAAGGACAAGGUUCAGAAAACUGUGCAUCCUUCAGAACCUCUAUUAGAGUUUGAUGAUGUUUUCUGUGAAGACUGUGGGAAACAAUUUAUGAAUUCAUACCUCAUGCUACACUUUCACUUGGCGAUAUGUGAUAAUUGCAGGGAUGCUGAAGAUAAGCAUAAGCUUAUAACAAAGACUGAGGCAAAACAGGAGUACCUUUUGAAAGACUGUGAUUUGGACAAAAGAGAACCAGCACUCAGAUUUAUUUUGAAAAAAAACCCUCACAAUGCAAAUUGGGGUGACAUGAAGCUUUACUUAAAACUCCAGGUAAUAAAACGUUCUCUUGAAAUUUGGGGCAGUGAAGAAGCAUUACAAGAAGCAAAGGAAGCUCGCCAAGGUACCAGAGAGAAGAUGAAACAGAAAAAGUUUGAUAAAAAAGUUAAAGAGCUCCGUCGAGCAGUUAGGAGCAGUUUGUGGAAAAAAGAAGCAGGCAUCCACCAGCAUGAGUAUGGACCAGAAGAAAAUAUUGAAGAAGAUAUGUAUAAAAAGACAUGUACUACGUGUGGCCAUGAGUUAACAUAUGAAAAAAUGUAGCCAGUCCUGAUUUUUUAUUGUUCCAAAAGUGUAUCUUUUUAAUAAUAAAUAUUUUCUGUCAAGGUAAAAUUAA